AUGGCGGCUCUCUCACGAGCGACCUCCCUUUUCAACAGGUCAUUCAACGGGCGAUGUCCCCAGAAGCUCCAUCGUAUCGAAUCAUGUGUUCCCACCUCGUUAGGAUUUGAUGGACGUCACCUGUAUGGCAAAGUCAUCUACCAAGGCGUGCCCUUUCGAAGCCAUCCGGCGUUGACGGGCAUCAAAUCUCCCCAGCAGAAGCAAUCGGUUGUUGGAUCUUUGACGAGCACGUCGAUGGCAAGCUCGCGCCUUACCGUUCCCGCUGCGCACAGCAUAACCUCAUCACGACCGGGCAACACCAUUACACCCUUGACCCUCAAAGGAACAACAUUUCUUGCCUCACCCUCACAUCCUGAUGCUCCAGGCGUCGACGGCACGCCACAAACCCCGAUAAUCAAACACGGAAAGGCACUCUACGGCAGCCGCUACAAGACGGGCCCCGAUAUCAUUCAUGGCCACAAAUGUUUGCAUAGCAGCAUGGAUGGCUUCUUCGUCUACGUAUUCAGCGUUCUUACGUGCGGCUUCCAGCCUGCUUUGAAAUAUCUCGGUGGAGUUCUCCUGACUAUCAGCUUGAACACGAUACUUUUCGUAUUAUGGGUAAUCUUCUUUCAUUAG